AUGUCAACAUGGAGAACAUCACUGAAGUCACUGAAUUUGUACUGAAGGGCUUCACAGACAAUGCUGACCUGGAAAUCCUUUGCUUCUUCCUCUUUCUAGCAAUUUAUCUCUUCACACUCAUGGGGAAUUUAGGACUGAUUGCUCUUGUCAUUUUAGAUUCCCGCCUACACAACCCCAUGUACUAUUUUCUGAGUGUGUUGUCUUCAGUAGAUGCCUGCUACUCCUCCGUUAUCACUCCACAGAUGGUAGUUGACUUUGUGUCAGAGAAGAAGGUUAUUUCAUUCAUUGGCUGUGCUGCACAGAUGUUUCUGGCAGUUACUUUUGGUACAACAGAAUGCUUUCUUUUGGCAGCAAUGGCUUAUGACCGCUAUGUGGCCAUCCACAGCCCACUUUUGUAUGUAGUGAUCAUGUCAUCCAGAGUCUAUGUGCCACUCAUCAUUGCCUCCUAUGCUGGUGGAAUUCUGCAUGCUGUUAUUCACACCGUUGCCACUUUCAGAUUGUCUUUUUGUGGAUCCAAUGAAAUCAGUCAUGUUUUCUGUGACAUUCCUCCUCUCCUGGCGAUUUCUUGUUCUGAUACCCACAUCAACCAGCUUCUCCUCUUCUACUGUGCUGGGUCUAUUGAGGUUGUUACUAUUCUCAUUGUCCUGAUCUCCUAUGGUUUCAUUCUCUUUGCUAUUCUAAGGACUCGCUCUGCUGAAGGUAAAAGAAAAGUCUUCUCUACGUGUGGCUCUCAUCUAACUGGAGUGUCCAUUUUUCAUGGUACUGUUCUUUUCAUGUAUGUGAGACCGAGUUCCACAUAUGCAUUGGAGCAUGACAUGAUAGUAUCAAUAUUUUACACCAUUGUAAUUCCCAUGCUAAAUCCUCUCAUUUACAGUUUGAGGAACAAAGAUGUAAAAGAGGCAAUGAAAAAAGUGUUUAGUAAAAGACAAAUUUAUGGAUAA